AUGUCUUCCAAAUCAGUGAGCCCGCGCUGGGCGGCCAUGGCUCGUGACACCAACGAGACCAAGAUUCAGAUUGCCCUGAACCUCGAUGGCGGGGACUUCCCACCCGACACCGACUCGCGGUUGACAUCUGCUAAGGAGGAAGGCCAUGCCUCUCAGGCGAGCAAGUCGCAGAUUAUCAGCGUCAACACGGGCAUCGGCUUCCUCGACCACAUGCUGCACGCCCUGGCCAAGCAUGCUGGCUGGAGUCUGGCGCUGAACUGCAAGGGCGACCUUCACAUUGACGACCACCACACUGCGGAAGACGUUUGCAUCACCCUCGGUUACGCUUUUGCCCAGGCCCUCAACAGCAUGGCUGGUCUGGCGCGCUUCGGCUAUGCCUAUGCCCCUCUGGACGAGGCCCUCUCCCGUGCCGUCAUCGACCUCUCCAACCGCCCCUACAGCGUCAUCGACCUCGGCCUCAAGCGUGAGAAGAUUGGCGACCUUAGCUGCGAGAUGAUCCCCCACUGCCUGCAGAGCUUCGCUCAGGGUGCCCGCGUCACCCUACACGUCGACUGCCUGCGCGGCGAGAACGACCACCACAGGGCCGAGAGCGCGUUCAAGGCGCUAGCGAUUGCGGUGCGCCAGGCCACUACCAAGGUCGCCGGCAGGGAGGGCGAGAUUCCUAGCACCAAGGGCACCCUGAGUGCAUGA